AUGGAUUAUUAUCGACGAAAUGAACUUCCCGAGACAGUCAAGCGUUACAAGACGUACAUCGACCAAUUUCAGGCGUGGCUGAUCAAGGCGGCGAUUCAGCGUGGUGUAGAAAUCGCAAAUGUAGCCACAGACCAGGCUAGAAGAAAAAAGGGCAAGAAGGGCUACAGGAUACCAUUACAGAAACAAGAGCAACUCGUCAACGCCAUCGCCGCCACGAGCGUUCCACUCGCAGACACCUCAGGAAUCAACGACCUUGACGACGCUAUCCGCCUGAGGAGGGAGAUAACACAAUAUCACAAACACAACAAUACAGCGGAUUUGGGUCAUGAAUACUUCAACGGGAGCCUGGAAGCGCUCAUGGCAGCGUUGAAAGGUCUCAUCCCCGGAAUAAACAAGGUUCAAGAUCACAAGAAUGACAAGUCUACCUUUGUGUUCAUCCAGAUUCCCACCAGGCCUAAGACAAGCCAAGACGAACAGGAUGUUUUGUUGGAGAAGCUGCGGAAACGGGACAGAUCCGACUUGGAGGAAGACGGCCAGCAACAUCGAACUUCGACGCCCAAGGCGAAGAAGAAGGUACCGAUACCAGAAACGAAUCCGUUGACUGCAGAGGAAGAGCAGUUGCGUCGAGAGUUCCUUGUACUCUGCUUCCUAUACAACCUCAACCGUAUACGGGAUGUUGUUUACGAGGUGUGGGUUCUCUACCACGAGGGUCUCGUCAAUGCAAUUACGGCGGCUUUGGUGUCUGACCUUGCUCAGGACCAUGUACACCAAAACGUCGAGGCACUAGUGGAAGAGCUUGAUCUGUUACCUAGAGAAUUGGCUACAAUUAUCCGUCAGCUUUUUGAUAAGAUACAAACUGCUCCUGAUACCAGAACGCAAGGCUUAGCGAUAAUACCUACUGAAAAGGCAUUGCGCCACCUGUUUGGUCUGGAUGCUGCCGCUUUGGUCAAGAUUUACAUUACGGAGACACGCUCAACAGAGAACAUCGUCAACGACGACAUACGAGAGCACCCUCUCAUGCUUUUCUUGGGGUUCUUCGACGUCAUUCGCAAGGGCAACCUCAAGCUCCCAAAGUGGGACCACUUCACCAGAGAGAUGCUGCUGCGUCAGGAUACAUCACAAGAUUACCUACCUUUCGGCUUGAGCAUAGUCCUCGAUAUCCAGAAAGCAGUGAGCGAAGACUAUCGCCGAAUGAUACGCGACCUUACCGAGCAUGGUCUAGAUAUCGCUAGAUGCAUUCUUUGCCAUGUCGAUUACGAGGACCGCAUGUGGAUGAAAGGAACAAAGCCCGACUAUAUGUGCAAAGAAGAAAUCAAGAUCAGCACCAUACUUCUCAAGCCUCUAGACAGACUGUUGGAAUGGCUACAGGAUCUUCUGAACUCCCAAGAAAAGCCAAUGACCGCUAGUGUCUUCAUCACUGUCCAUGCGACGCUCGCAGGACUCUCUAUGUGGCACUUCAAUCAGAUCUACCAUCACACUGCGAUCAUCAAGAUACAGUGGUUCAUCAACGGUUUGGCUCAUCUAUAUAACGCCGCCUGCCAGAUUGAGGUCUGA